AUGGAACAACAGCUAACUCUUAAUUCAGAUGGCUCAGCCUCCACCCACUCACCUAGCCUCCAACCACUCACCUGGCCUCCACUCACCUGGCCUCCACCCACUCACCUGCCUCCACCCACCUGGCCUCCACCCAUCUGGCCUCCACCCACUCACCUGGCCUCCAUCCACCUGAGGAGGAGGAGGAAGAGGAAGGGAGAGGAGGAGGUGGAGAGGAGGAGGAAGGAGGAAGAGGAGGAGGAGAAGGAGGAGGAAGAGGAGGAGGAGGAGGAGGGGGAGGAGGAGGAGGAGGAGGAGAGGGAGGAGGAAGAGGAGGAGAGGGAGGAGGAGGAAGAGGAGGAGGAGGAGAUGCGGCGAGGAGAGGAGGCUACUCCUGAUGACCUCAUUGAGGCCUGUAUUCACCACUACACCUCCUCUCUACGGUCUCUAUUCACCACUACACCUCCUCUCUAA